AUGAAGACGAGCCGCCGCGGCCGAGCGCUCCUGGCCGUGGCCCUGAAUCUGCUGGCGCUGCUGUUCGCCACCACCGCCUUCCUUACCACGUACUGGUGCCAGGGCACGCAGCGGGUGCCCAAGCCGGGCUGUGGCCAGGGCGGGCGCGCCAACUGCCCCAACUCGGGCGCCAACGCCACGGCCAACGGCACCGCCGCCCCCGCCCCCGCCGCCGCCGCCGCGGGGCACAGCCCCCCUGGCGGCGCGCUCUACAGCUGGGAGACCGGCGACGACCGCUAUCUGUUCAGGAAUUUCCACACCGGCAUCUGGUACUCGUGCGAGGAGGAGCUCGGCGGGCUCGGUGAAAAAUGCCGCAGCUUCAUUGACCUGGCCCCAGCAUCAGAGAAAGGGGUCCUAUGGCUGUCGGUCGUCUCCGAGGUGCUCUAUAUCCUGCUGCUGGUGGUCGGCUUCAGCCUCAUGUGUCUCGAGCUUUUCCACUCCAGCAAUGUCAUCGACGGACUCAAGCUCAACGCCUUCGCGGCCGUCUUCACGGUGCUCUCAGGUCUCCUGGGAAUGGUAGCCCACAUGAUGUACACGCAAGUGUUCCAGGUCACCGUGAGCCUUGGCCCUGAAGACUGGAGACCCCAUUCCUGGGACUACGGGUGGUCCUUCUGCCUGGCGUGGGGCUCCUUUACCUGCUGCAUGGCAGCCUCUGUCACCACACUCAACUCCUACACCAAGACGGUCAUUGAGUUCCGGCACAAGCGCAAGGUCUUCGAGCAGGGUUACCGGGAGGAGCCGACCUUCAUAGACCCCGAAGCCAUCAAGUACUUCCGGGAGAGAUGUGCAAUCAAGGCUCAGAGAGGUACAGCGACUUCUUCAAGGUCACACAGCUGGAUGGAGAAGGGGGAUGGGAACGAGGAAGAAGACCUUCGCUUAGAUUGCCGUCACCACGAGAGACACCCCACCCGUCACCAGCCGCACAUGGCAGAUCCCUGGCCCCAGAGCUCUGCGCAGGAGGCAGCAGAGCUGAGCCGCCAGUGCUGGGUCCUGGGGCACUGGGUGUGACCGAGCGCCGGCCUGGCCCCCAGACCUCAGGCCGCCACAGGGCCACUGGUCUGGCGACCGUGCGGACCUGGCCUCUGAACUCAGCCAGCCUGUGUGGGGGACACCAGGCCUGCCGCCCACCGCUCCCUGGCCUCAGCGUGGCCGUGGGGACACACACAGCUGCACCGAGUGACUUUGGGACAGCGACGCCUGACUUGGCACCAUGACACGCAGAGCCUGCCGGGUGCAGCUGGGAUGCCAGGAAACACGUGGACAUUGGCCACUGAAAGCCUGGGGACCCCCGAGCCAGCCAGGAAGUUCAGGGGGUGCCCAGCCGUGCAGAGCCCUGCAAGGGGCAGGGUGUGGGUGGGGCUUCCUGGAGGAGGGGCAGGGGGGCCACACAGCAGGGGCUCAAUAAAUGCUUGUUGAACCUGUUUCUUGCUGUGUGUGGAGGCCGGUUGCUCGCUGGGCUGUGGCUGCCUCUUCCCGGCCCAUCCUGUCGGGUCCUCAGGGAGCCGGAAGGGGACACGGUCUCGCUGAGCUGUGGUCGCUGAGCUGUGGGAGGCAGGGAGCCUCGACUGGGCUGGGUUUGCGGCCGGGGUCACGAUGGAGCCAGGCUGGCGGCUGCUUUGGAUUCCAGAGGGCGGGCAAGGUGGGGCACUGGGCAGAUGGGAGAUGUGGGGAGACCCUCACCCCCAGACCCAAAGCCACCCUACGCCCACGUCUACAGGCACCUUUAUAUCAAAUCCCGGGUCUUGCAUGCCCAAGGAAACAGAUUUCUAUUAUAAAGAUGAGGACACUUAGGGUCACAGAGAUGGAGAAACUCGCCCCCAAGAGCACAGAGCUAGCAAACGGCGGCGCCGAGCUCUGAACCAGGGCUCCCUGAUUCCAAGAGGCCGCGUCCCUUUCCAGGAGGAUUUCUAGAGCGUUCCCCAGAGCGAGCGGAGAAUGUUCUUCGCUUUUCCAUAAACCCGUCACCCACGUAGCCGUCCAUCAUCUGUCCCUCAUCCGUCAUCCAUCACGCGUCCGUUAUCCAUCCAUCCCUCGUCCACCCGUCAGUGUCGUCGUCCCUUGUAUCCAUCCAUCCAUCAUCCUUUCAUGCAUCACCCAUCGUCAUGUUCAAUCACCCGUCUGUGUAUCAUCUGUCCAGUGAUACCAUCCGUGGUGUCCCUGCUGUGGGCCGAGCACAGUGGGAGGCUCUUGAGAUCGGACAUCGAACCAUCCAGAGAGGGGGUCUGCCCUCGCACAGCUCACAGGCCAGCAGGACAGAUAAGGAGACGGACGGUUAUAAUGCAGUGUGUGAAGUGCUGUGGCGCCCGGCUCCGGGCCAGGCAGCCGGGGUUCCGAUCGCAGCCCCUCCAGCUGAGACCUCGGGCCAGUUGCACGCCCUGUCUGUGCCUCGUCCCCACGGGCACGUGGGGACCGGCCUCGUACCUACCUCUAAAGCUAUUCUAAGGGUUCGAUGAGCUGAUGUACGUGAAGCGUUUAGAACAGAGCCAGGUACGGAGUAAGUGCUUUGCCGGGGGCACAUGGGGAGCUGUGGGAGCCCAAGGUGGCGCAUGCUGGCCGGGGUGACGGGUGAGGGGAGCCUCCUUUGGGGACACGACACUUCAGCCAAGACGUGAAGAAUAUCUCGAUGUCGGACAGGCAGGAGUGUAGAAGGGAAGGCAAGAACGUUGUGGGGACUUGGGAAUAGUCCAGAUGGCAGGUGUGGACAGCAGGGAGGGCACAGGGGUGGUGAGAAAGCCAGCUGCAGGGGCCAGAGGGGACGGAGCCCCUUAGGAAGCGUAGACUUUGUCCCAGGCCCGCAGCAGCCGGGCUGCUUUCGGCAGAGUGGAGUGUGGCGUUGUGCAUCUUGGACGUCCCCGGAGCUGUGGGCAGAGAGGACGUGGGAAGCCCCGUCCCCUCCUCUUGACCACACUCGAAGGGAGAGAAAAGGGUGGAGGAACUAGUCAGGCGGGAAAAUCAAUAGGCUUGGGGUGGACGGACGCGGAAGGAAGAGAACGUGGUGGUGAGCUCAGGGGAGGGGCUGGUGGGGGCCAGGUUCAGAGGUCUGCAGUCGGGUGCCCCAGGGACAGCGGGUGGAGGUGUGUGCCCAUCAUUCGUGCAUGGAUUAAUCCAGUGAGUGCUUCAUCCACCCAUUCUUCAUUUGUUCAGGAAAUAGUUCAGACCUGUUGUGUGGGGCGGGACAGGGGUCUCGGAGAGAGGCUGGGGCCCCGUCCCAAGGCCUUGAAUGUCAGGACAAGGCGUUUGGGCUUUGGCCUCGGGGCCAGAAAAAGUGCUGCAGAGCUGGGGCCGGGCACGGAUGAGUCUCACGGGAAACUAGCCCAGGACCCUGGCACCUCGGAGCUCUUUAAUGUCCCCUUGGGUCCUUCUGAAGUUGGCACGUGGACUGAGGUCCAGGAGGUGAUUCUAGUUGACACACGGGCAAAAUUUUAAUCUAUUUUAAUAGUUGUGUUUAUGUAAAUGUGUACUAGGAAAAAAAAAUGUCAAACGGGCACACGAGUGCCAUGAAUUCACAGAUGUUACUGCUUAGGAUGGAACCAAAAUAGGCAUUUAGGUAGAAAGAAACAGAG